AUGUUAUGGGCCCCAUGGACGGCUGUUCCUACGUUUCUCUUCAUCUGUGCUCUCCUAGCCUGGUGGCUCAUUGAACCGAAGACCACCCAUCUCAAUCUGAUUGUCGCUGUCGGCUGUGCCCUGUUCUACUGGGCCAUCGCCCCAGGCGUCGCCCAGUCCACGCUUGCUCGCGUGUAUCAGCUAACCAUUGCCAUCGCCGCUUUCCUGCGACUCGACGCCUUGAUUUUAUAUCAUGCCAACAUGCUUCUAACCGGUGUCGCUGUCUUGUGGCUAGCCCACCGCGCUGUCCAGACCCUAAGGAAGUCCGUGACCGAUCUUAUUGGUGUUCUAGGUGUCGAAGUUCCCGAUGCGCCCGAUGUCUCACUCGCUGGAAUACGCGCUGAUGCGGCUACCUUGAAUUGGACGCGUCCCAUACCUACUCGCCCGGUCGCAAAAUUUACAAUCCAGGUGAAUGGCGUGAAUGUCGGUGACUCGGCAAAUCAAGAGACGGCUAUCACCGUGACAGGUCUAAAACCGAAUCAUUACUACAACAUUCGAGUCAUCGCCGUUGGUUAUAACAACUUCCAAGCUGGUAGUCGAGUCAUUCGUUUGCGAACAUUCGACAGAGAUGGCCGACCACAGCUCGGAGAUGGACGCCUUCCUUCGAAUUUCGCUCCCGAUGAACAACAAAUCGCCGCCCCUAACGAUCACACUGAGGAAGAUGGAGCAUCGCGUGGACCCGCGGCUGGUGUCGAAACAGCAUCCAUCCCCGAUAGCUCGUCCCUGUCUCCCCGCGAUGUGAAUCUGAACCACACAGUUGGCAGGCGCAAUACUUUGACGAGGAAGCACUCUCCGUCGACAACCAGUAUGGAGCAGUCUGCGAAAGACAUUAUAGUGGAGCACUCAGCGGAAUCUUUGCAGGAGCUAGGAGCGAAAUUCGAGAGUAUUCGUAAAGAUAUUGAAGAAAUUCAAUUACAGAUUGCCAAGGACGAAAAGGAGCACAAAGAGUUGAUAGAGGAGUUGGCUGAGGAGAAGAAGGUGAAGAGGCGGGUACAAAAAGAGAAGGACGAUACGACUGAGAAGUUGAAGCGCGAGAUGGGGUCAACCGAGAGGGCCAUGCGUAGUGCACAGCAGAGGAAAACCCAAAAGGAGAAGCUGUUGCGGGACAAGGAAGCAGAGCGACAAAAACUUCAUCUGGAUAUGGCAAAAUGGGACAAGGAGAUUGCAUCUAUGCACAAGCGACAGGGAUGUUUUGAGAAGGAAAGGGACCAGUCCCAGGAGCAAGGCGAGGCGCGAAGCGAAGACCUUCGCCAGGAAAUCGCCCAGGCCCAAGCGAAUCUUGCUCAAGAAGAAGCCGAACUGAAAGAGAAGGGUAGAGAAUUGAAAGAAGCAGAGGACCAACGGAAAAAGCUUCCUGGCGGAGAAGAGAGCGAGGAGUGGCGAGAAAAAGACGCCGAGAUCAGACGGAAUUGGGACAUCCGGGUGAAAGACCUACAACGGCGGAUGUACGCCGCCAAUCGACAGCUUCGGAUGGUCAACGACUACGAGCGUGUACUUCAGACUCAGAUAGCAGCGGCCCACCAGUCUGGUCUCCCCUUUAUGUAUAACCAGGCCAACUCAUCCGGCGUUGAUUUUGAUCUCGCAACACAAAAUCAGCUCAAAAGACGAAGCAGGAAUAGCAAUUCCCUAUCCGCAGUUGCGAUUCCUUCUCCUGGCCAGUCGUUUGCGGCGACAGAUCGUCAAUAUGGUGCACCAUCACCUUUUCCCGCAACACGGUCGACAACUAUAUCACCAUUCGCCACAGGGCCUUACAUGGAUGCCAACUUACCUCUCUCAGCUCCUCUAGACGAGGAGAGCUUCAAAGCUCUUACGGGUGGUGCCCCUCUCAGCCCGACUGCCACGUCUCUUUUACCCGCUGGCAUGCUCGACGAUCUCCUUGAUGAUGAUCCUCCCAGCCCUGGGUCUCUUUUGCCCCGCCAUAACACCUUCGGGUCCGGUAUGGGCCACGAAUUUGAUGCGCAAUCCCCAACAUCCUCGAUCCGAUCACCUAGUCUUAUGUCUAGCCCACAAAGCUCCACGCAACAUUUACCAUUUUCUCAAUAUACUGGGGAGAAUAGUGAACGCAGGUCUCUGAGGGGAUUCCGGGGCGACUUUGGCACGUCUUCGUCACCAAUACCAGCGACCACCCAAGCUUCCCACCGCACUCGGUUUAACUUGCCCUGGCUCCAUCGAGCCCCUAAAGAAACAACGGAGGCCCCAGCACUGGGGACACUGAAACCCAAUGAGAGCCAGUCUCUUCCCCGACAGGCCGAAGAUGGCGAACCAGCCCCUAAUAAGCGAAGGAUCAGCUUCUCUGCUGGAUGGAACAUGUUCAACCGAGUCAGUGCACCACCGAGACCCGAGGUAAUGGAAACUACUGCACCUAGUCCAAGGGGUCUUGCAUCACGACGGCUCGGACUUGCGACAAACACAGGUAGUCUAGGUAGCAAUAUUUUCUCGGAGCGCGAUCCCAAUAGUCCCAGACCUCUCUCAAUAGCAUCAUCCGAGAUUCCUCGUCCCUCUACGGAUAGCGGUUCUAUAUGGGGUCGAGGGUUGCAACCACAGAGCCGAUUGUGGGCUCCGGAGGAAAGCCCCUGGAGCGCAUCGCGCAACCCGUCGCGUAGGCCAUCACUGCAUGGGUCUCCUUCCCAGCUGAAGACGACUCUUGCUGAUGCCGACGAUGAAAUCUUGGACGAUUCUGAGCUACUUCAUGCCUCGCCCAGUCAAGUUGGCAUUAUUGGAACCAAGCCAGUCAAGUCGCUAAGUCAACGUCUAAAUCCGGCUGCACCUACAUUCAUGGGCGGCCUGUUUCGCCCAAAAGUAGAAAAGGAAAGAGAAUCAGAUAAGGAAACGAAGGAAUCUAAGGACAAGUCUAAGGGUAAAGGGAAAGAAAAGGAAAAGGAGUCUAAGGAGAAAAAACCUCGACAAUCCUUUACUUCUGUCUCUGAUAUGGGCACUACUUCUCUUGAUGAGUCUCCUUCAGAUCCUCGCAAAUCCAGAGAUACGUUCUCGGUUGAUUCCCCUUCGAUUACGGAAUCACGUGAAUCCCUCAGCCUUGAACAACCGUUUUCGCAUGCGCUAUCUGACCUAGCAGGAAAUCUUGGGGUCAAGGAGCAGGAGAGCGGACUCAGGAAACUGCUACGUAAGGGAAGCUCUUCCAAGUUCAGCUUUUCUUCAGUACGGGGACUAGGCGGCAAAAAGGGGCCCAACAGCGUCACGAGCUCCGAUCGCAAUGUAUCUGGAGACCGCACUAGCUUCGAUGAGUUUGCGGAAGAUAACAGCGCCCAGUUCCUCGGCCGCAGCUAUGACAGUUUGCAUAGUAGCCCUCUGAUCGGACCAACCAGCGGCCCUCGGUCAGCUAAGGACAAGCCAGUUGGCUGGGGUUCGAGGUUCGCAAUCAAGAAGAAGCCAGGCAAAGAAAAGGAGAGCUUGGAUAUUGAUAGGGAUGAUUCAGUUUCGAGCACGGUGCCAAGUACACCAAUCGUGGAAAAGUAA